UUACUUUAACCGUGUAGAGAUUGUGAUUUUGCUUUUUGAUUUUUUUCCCAAAUUGUUAAUCAUGGAUUAUCUGAUAUCUAACGUAGAAAAUGUAAUCUUCAAAAUAGAAAAGGACUUGAAUGAACAAUUUGGAGCUCUUCCUCUUCCUUUUCCCGGGAUGGACAAAUCAACAGCUGCUGUGUGCUUGUUUUUCAAUUCGACUGAUGGAACAGAAUGUGAAAAAGGAACUGGUUGCCCUUUUCGGCACAUCCGUGGUGACCGUACUAUCGUGUGUAAACACUGGCUUCGAGGCUUGUGUAAAAAAGGGGAUCAAUGUGAAUUUUUACAUGAAUAUGACAUGACCAAAAUGCCCGAGUGUUAUUUUUAUUCUCGUUUCAAUGCAUGUCAUAAUAAGGAAUGUCCGUUUCUUCAUAUCGAUCCGGAAAGUAAAAUUAAGGAUUGCCCAUGGUACGAUCGAGGCUUUUGUCGCCAUGGUCCUAAUUGUCGUCAUCGACACGUUAGACGAGUCUUGUGUAAUUUUUACUUAGCUGGAUUUUGCCCCGAAGGAUCUACAUGCAAGUUCAUGCAUCCAAGAUUUGAACUACCACCGCCACCGGAAACAAAAGAUCAACUUCCUAAGCGUCCUCCAACCUGCCACUAUUGCGGAGAGCUUGGUCAUAAAGCUUGUUACUGUCCAAAAAUGCCUAUAGAGCAACGAGAAGCAACGCUACGCAUGGAAGAAGCGCGAUACAGAACUCUAGGUUAUUUCAAAUAUCGUCCGAAUCUCGAAAAUUCAAGUUCCGAAGAUAUAAAUCAUACAACACAAAAAUCACCCGCAAGACCAUUAGAGGAAAUUACUUGCUUCAAAUGUGGAAAUAAGGGUCAUUAUGCGAAUAAAUGUACUAAAGGUCAUCUUGCAUUUCUGUCGAAUAAUGCGGUUCGGAAAUAAGUUAAUAGAUAAAACUCAAAAAAAGUCUUUUGCAUUACGUGUACUUGUUCACGAAGUGUAUAUAACCUUACAGAACCGUAGAAAUAGAUUCGCAUCAUCGAGAGCAAAAGAAAUGUAUUUUUAUACUCAUAUAUUUGACCCCGACUUUAUUAAUUUUGGUCGUUCUCUGGGGAGGUAAAAAGAGAAGAAA